CCAUUAUUUGUCUGACUCUAAAACUCUCUCCCAAUAAUUUACUACUACUAAUACCAGAGAAAAGGAAAAAGGAAGGUUAGUUUUUUUGGUCUCUUUCUCAUCAUUCAUUCAUCGACACUUGAAGUCGAGAAAAAAAACUCAUCUCCAGUUUUCUCUCACCCAAUCAUCCACAAACAAACCACAGGAGAGAGAAAAUUCAAAUUUUAUUCAACAGAUCCAAAGAUGAAUGACACCGAUGUUCAAAAGCAGAUCCAGCAGAUGGUUAGAUUCAUCCGCCAAGAAGCGGAGGAGAAAGCUAAUGAGAUCUCUGUUGCUGCUGAAGAGGAGUUUAACAUUGAGAAGUUGCAGUUAGUUGAAGCGGAGAAGAAGAAGAUCAGGCAGGAGUAUGAGCGGAAAGAGAAGCAAGUUGAUAUUCGCAGGAAAAUUGAGUACUCUAUGCAGCUCAAUGCAUCUAGGAUCAAGGUCCUUCAAGCUCAGGAUGAUCUAGUUAAUUCCAUGAAAGAGGAAGCAUCCAAAGAAUUGCUUCGUGUCAGUGGCGACCACCAUCACUACAAAAAGCUCUUGAAAGAGCUUGUUGUUCAGAGUUUGCUUAGAUUGAAAGAACCUGCUGUGUUGUUGCGCUGCCGGAAAGAUGAUGUGCACCUUGUGGAGCAUGUUCUCCAUUCAGCUAAAGAAGAAUAUGCUGAGAAAGCCAGUGUUCAUUCUCCUGAGAUUGUUGUUGACGAUAUCCAUCUUCCACCAGGUCCUAGUCAUCACCACACCCAUGGUCUCUCUUGUGCGGGAGGUGUUGUCUUGGCUUCUCGAGAUGGCAAAAUUGUGUGUGAGAACACGCUUGAUGCAAGAUUGGAGGUUGCAUUCAGGAAGAAGCUUCCUCAGAUCCGCAAGGAGCUCUUUGGUAUUGCUGCUGCAUAAUGAGUUGUGACCAGGAGAAACUCGUACGUUUCUUGUCACUGAGGCUGUUAAGAUUUUGGAUAUGGUCACGGACCAGUCAACAAUUUGUUCACUUCUGUUUACGAGUAGUACAAAUUCUAUUUAUCCAUUUGAGAGACAGUAUGUUGAUUAGUAAGUACAUGAGUGUUUGAUGUAUUGAUUUAUUCAAUCAGACGUAUUGAAAUGUUUAUUUUUCCUGUUUAUGGUCAGUCAAUCAAAUAAAUGACAGCUCCAGAUGAAAAGCUGCUUACCUUCAUUAGCUUCUGUAAGUUCGGAUAGUCUUCAGCAAUGUAUGGAAAUAUCGAAUAUUGAAUUGCUGAAUGUUAUUAAAACCCAUCUUUCAUGUUU